AUGGGAGAAGAGGGUCGAACAAGGGCUGAAGACAAAACGCGAAGGCUUGAGCUGAAAGCCCUGGAUAAAGAUAUUGGAAAUGGUUAUGAGCACCUUGCAUGCGAGCGAGAACAAUUACAGCGAACGCUGUCUGCACUGAAAGCUAGCGAAUAUGGUCUGGAAGAUGAGCAAUUUUUACGGGAUCAGUUGAUUUGUGCACAAGCAACAAUCGCCCAACAGCAGAUGAUCAUCGAGCAGCAUCAGCUACAAGGGCGACAUUUGGAUGGAGUUUUGAGUUUCUUCAAAGCACUUAAACUCGAGUUCGUUUCUGCGCUUGUUGCUUCAGCUAUAACCUCAAGUGUCUUGUUGCUACCGUGCUAG